UGAUGACGUGCGACGCGUCACCGUGUUUUGAGUUUGGUUUCAGCGCGAGGACGCACAGCUCCAGUGACGACAGUUUAGACGACACAACUCCUCGUGAAGUUUAGGAAACAGAGCGUGGUUACCGAACACGCGCUUCCUGGGGGAAUAUUAAAGUUAUGUGAUAUUAGCCGAGGUUUAGCGUCAUUUGGCCGUUUCAAGCCACAACCGCGAGCCGAAGGAACCGUCUCUGCGCGGGCGCGUCCACCACCGUAGCCCGGUGAAAGGUCGCCUGAUACCGGGAUCCAGAUGGAGGGCAGCGCCGCUGUCAGCUCCAUGGUUCUUUUUGAGGAUGAGUCGGUGGAUGUUCGGUACGGAACCGGAGCCCAGCUCCAGCUCUCGCCGUGUGGCUGUGAGUUCACGCUGCUGAAACCCGCAGAGGUCUCCGGACAUCCUCCGAGAUCGCCCGAGACACUCCGACAUCCUCCGAAACCCGCCGAGAGACUCCGACAGAGGACCAGGUUCACCGUCAGCUCUUACAAGGAAGUUCUGGUCGCUGCGUUGGCGUUCAGGAAUAAAUACGCUCGCCGCCCGUACUUACCGGAGGAACUCGUCCCCACCGAACACAUGAAGCCUUGUUUCAGCGUGGACUCAGACGUGCGGUGGCCUGAGUGGUCUUCCUGCGCGGCCGAACUCGGACCUGGAGGCAAGACUAUCGUCAGGUCUGAGGGGGGGCGAGCCGCGUUGAUGCUGUCGCCCUCGGGGGAAGAAUUCUCCGUCGAGUUUACGUGCAGCCUCAGUCAGACGGCGAGUCAGACGCCAGAGACGGUGUACCGAUCCACCUCGGUGGUCCAGCAUCACUCCGUCUGCUCUGUUCCCUCCGUCUGGUCCUACCCUCUCUGGCUGGCUCGCCAACUCCACGCGUCUCGUCUCUCUGAGCCAGAAGACGUCCCAGCAGACGGAGACGUAAACCCGCCGGAUAUUUCCACCGUAGAACGGAGGACUCGCCUCCCGGAGGCGCUGCCUCUCACGUGUUCAUCCCCCCACUGGCACAGGUGGAAAGUUAAAGACGUCUUUUCAGACCAAGAUCUGAGAACAGAGCUGGUGAAAGUGAUGUGGUGUCACGGAGUCACGUACAGGAUCCUAAACGGGGCGGUCCCGGUCGUGGAGGUUUCCCCCGGAGAUGGAUCAGUGAUCCGGUCUAACGGCGUCCUGAAUUCUUAUUUUACUCAUCACAAACCUGAGCUCCCAUCAGGACGGGUGAAAGAGGUAACGUACCACCUGGACACCCUCCCCCCCGACGUCCCGGGACAGCUGUUCUCCGUGGGGGCUGUCGUGAGGCACGCCAGCAGGAUCCUGGCGUGCUUCACCGAGGCCAGGCAGUCGCUAGCGCUUCCCGCCACGCCCAGCUGCCUGACGGAGCUCAGAGAAGGAGGACAUUUGUCUCGCCCAGCGAGGAUGGAAGAAGGUCUGUUCAGUCCUGAUUCUGUUGAGCAGAGAGUCACACACGCGGUAGAGAGUCGGUCAGAUCUUGUAGCUGCAGAACUGGAGAAGAUUAAAAGAUUCAACUUUCUGCUGGAGAACAACCACCUGCUGAGGAACCAGACAGGAAGUGUGAGACCGGAAGCUGUCGCUGCAGACGAGGAGAUUCCCGGAGCGGUGAGUGAGCGCUGCGUUGCCAAGGCUCUGCAGAGAACUUCCAGAGCAAUCCGAGACAUCACGCUCUCAUAUCUGACUGCAAAGAGCCCUGAAUGAGGAGGGGGACCUGACAUAUGUAGAGCUGCAAAGAUGAACCCAAACGUGUGUGUGUGUGUGUGUGUGUGUGUGUGUGUGUGUGUGUGUGUGUGUGUGUGUAUUCGGACUAUAUUUUAUAUUUCUAGGUCUGACUGAAAUAAAGAUUUUUCUUUAUGUC